GGCUUUCACGACGGAGCUAGUAGGAAAAAGCGGAAGUGUUUCUCCUCUGGUCAUGUUGUUUUUAGCCUGAUUUUCUUUGCAAUGGAGCUGCCGGAGACAGUUAGGAGGCGCUUAGAAGAUUUUUCUCGGAAUGUUUUAUUCGACCAGACUCGUAAUGAGCCGUUCUCAAAACACAACGACUCGUUUAUACCUCACGACAAACGGGUUCUGUCCAGCCUCCAGCUCCAGAUGUCUUUGUACUUUAACACGUGGUUCUUCCCGUUCUGGUGGAUCAGUGAAGCUGUGAUGCUUCACCUCAAGUAUCCUGCCCUUCCAAAUUACUACAAGUUUGUCCUUGUGACUGUUCUUCUACUGAUGACUCUGAUUGAGGCCAUCAGACUUUAUCUUGGUUACUCUGGAAACCUGCAAGAAAAGGUUCCAGAGUUGGCCGGCUUUUGGCUGCUGAGCAUCCUGCUGCAGUUUCCACUCAUUCUUUUUCAACUUUUUAAUGAAGCCAUAAUCAUACUGCCCUUGGAGAGAGGUGUCCACAUAGUUCUUGCCAUAUUUAUCCUCACACAGGCUGUCUUUGGUUUUGUGGCCCUGCGGGAAAUGGUUAGACACACAGGAAGCCAGUUUCAUCUCCAACAGUUUGACUGACGUCCACAUAUGUUCUGGUGUUCCAUUUGAUCAGGAUUUAUUCUUACUUCAUACCUCCCAGUCUCAAAUGACAAAAACUAUGUAUUUGCAUAUAGGAUUUGGUACACUUUCUUCACACAAUUUUAAAUUUAAUGCUAAAAAAUAAUAGAAAAUAUUUAUUUUUGUAUUUUGUUCCACUUGUAUCAUUGCUUUUGUAAAUUUGAAGUAAAUCAUGUUUACUUGACUCACUCUGUACUGUUAGUUAGCAUCUGGUUUAGAUUUGUUGACCAUUUAGUUAUUUUUUAAUUACAAAAGAAAUUUUUGUACAAAGUUACCGACAUUUACGCUGCUCUUUGUUCAGGAGCUUUUUGCUUCAGAGGGACUGAAACGUUCUGACCAAAACAGAAAGUUUCAACAAAAUUCAUGAAACACCCAAGUGCUUUAUUUUAUUUUAUAUUUUUUACAACAUUUAUUUUCAUGUACUGAAAAUAUUAUUUGAGAAAUCAUGAGAUUGCAUUAGAAUAAUCAGAAGAAUUAAAGCAUGUUAUUGUCACAAGACGAAGAGAUAAGUGAGAUUUGGUAUAAAACGUAUGUGUUUUUCUGUUAGAUCUUCCCAAUGAAGCAUCAUUGUCACAAAAAUAACUUGUUCUAUUAAAAUGCAGCUGAACUUUGAGAAGAA